GCUACAGAAAGAGAACAUUUUCUCGAUAACGUUGUAAAAAUGGACAUCGAGAACGAUCUCCCUUUCGUGGUGUUGAAACCUUUGUAUACGAAUUAUGUUUUCCCAUCCAAAAGGGAUCAAUUCAACAUGAGUAAAUUUUUUCUCAUCGGCGCAUCUUAUAGACUAAGCGCGUUUGUUUUAAUAGUCAUCGGGGCUGUUUGUCAUUUUAUUUAUAUUGCUAAAAGAAAUGUGGAAGGACUUAACGCCAGCGAAGACAUUGUCGUAAUUUGCGCAGGAUUCGAAAUCAUUCUUCUUUUGGUUAUAGCCACUAUUUUGCAUAAAAAAUGGAAAGAGUUUUUCGAAAGCAUAUUAGAUAGUUCCAUUUACGGAAAACCCGACGAUUUUGACGAAAAUUUGAAACAGACUAAUUUUUUGGGAAGUUGGCUUCUUCGUUACUACUUCUUAGGCUGCAUCGCCUACGCCCUUAUAUCGCUCUUAGAAGCCGGCAAUUGUAGCAAAAUCAAGGAAAAGUACAAUUUGCGCAACAUCGCUUGCUACACGUUCGUGCCGAUUUGGUUGCCAUUCGACAUCACGAACAGAUUUUACGUGGUGAUGCUCUUUACGACGCAAUUUUUUUUGACUAUGAAGUCCGUCGAGCCUGCCGCAAUGAUCUGCUACAUAGUCUAUCAAUGCACGCAAUUAUUCUUGUCCCACAUCGAAGCGCUAAAGAAACAUUUCAACGAGAUUAUUAACGCUAAGGAUAUCGAAUACCGGCCUGAUGGAAUCGGCUAUUGGAUCAGAUAUCACAAUCAUUUGUUGAAAUUAGGCGAAGAAUUUAGACACCUGGUUAAGGUAACUGUUGGUCAUGUAGUUUUGAUAUCGGCUCUGGUUUUUGGUUGCGCCGAAACCCAAUUAAUCAAUGGAAUUAAGCCGUUCGGAGCUUUAAUAUUUUUCUUGGGUUGGCUAGCAGUAGUUCUUCUUCUCUGUCACGCCGGAGAAACCAUGAUGAAUUCCUUUCUAUCAGUUCACGACGCCGUUAGAGACUCGGAUUGGUACUUAUGCAGCCUCAGCGUCCAAAAAAAAGUUCUGUUAAUUUUGUUAAGGAGCCAGAAACCCAUUUGCUUGGAAGCUGUCCCAUUGGGCGCCAUGAAUUAUUCACUCUGCGUUAUGAUCAUCAAAACUUCUUACUCUUAUAUGACAAUAUUAAAUCGUUCUGUGUAAUUAAAACAAUGUUGAGUAACUGCUAUUUAUAUGAUCACAAUAGUUUGUGCUAAAGAAAAAUUAUACUACUUGCUUAAUACCUAUAAAUUAUUGCUAAUAUAAUAUACUCUCACAGAGAUAUCUCUAUACUUGUUUUGAAUUUUAAAAUAUUCUUAAAGUUCGUUUUCUCUUAUCCGUGCAAAUAAUAUCCAGUUCCGGAGUAACGUAUAUACCAGAAAUCCAUUCAAAUCCUUCAGUGCCUCCGAAGAUCCUAACGAAUUUCCCGUCGGGUUGAAACACCUUGAAAGGAAUUAAUGAAUGAAAUAAACAUCGAGUGGAAUGAAACGAGCGAACCUGAAUCCUUGCAUUUCCUGCGUCUCCUACCAGGAUAAAUCCGAAACAAUCUACGGCCACCACUUCAGCGGAUCGAAAUUCGCCUUUGUUCCUGCCGAAAGCGCCGAUUUCCUGCAACAAAUCGCCUUCCCUGUUGAAGAUUUUAACUCUGUUGUUGCCCGUAUCGGCGAUUAUUAAUUUAUCCCCGUGCACGGCUACGCUCGUAGGUAUAUGGAGCUUUCCAUUA